GUCAUUCACGGAGUCCGAGGCCGAGGGGCGCUGGGCCGGCAACAUACUGGCGGCCGCGGCGAGCAGCGGGACGGUCGGGCACGUGGUGUACAGCACGGUGUCGAUCGUGGCGCGCUUCGAACAGGUGCGCAGGGUCGAGGGCUGGGACGACAACGCGUUCAUGGCGCAGUACUUCCUCUCCAAGGUCGAGGGCGAGGAGGCGGUGAGGAGGUGGGCGGACGGCGGGCUGAGGUACACUAUCCUGCGUCCUUGCGGGUUCAUGAGCAACUGGCUGGCGCCGUGGACCUCUUUCCAGACUCCCGACCUGAUCAGUGAGGGGGUCUGGCACACGGCGUUCUCGUCGGACUUCCCCAUGCCUCUGAUCGAUACCGAAGAUGUGGGUCGGAUCGCAGCUGUGGCGAUGCAGGAUCCGGAAGGUUGGCACGGCAGGGAGGUCGAGCUGAUUGCGGAAACGCUGCCCCUCAAGGAAGUCAUACGUCUCUUGAGCGAGGUCAGUGGCAAGCAGCUGAGAAUUCACACCUACACGGAACAGGAGGCAGAGAAGUUGUCAAAGGAGAAUCCACUUGUCAAGGGCAUGAUGAUCAGAAUCAAAACGGACUCCUUAGGCGGCCCUCCCGCUAAGGACCUUAACUUGCCUUUCGACUUGAAGACAUUCAGAAACUACCUGGACGAAAAUCGGGAAGUGGUGUUAGAGACAUAUGCUAAAGUGAACAACCAGACUUUAUAAGUAGUCGUGUAUGCCCAUUUGUCCAUGGGAGUUUGGAGACGCAAUGCUUCAAACAUGGGC